AUGAGUUUUGACAAGAUGAAGUCAAAGUCCUAUGAGAAGAAGAUGGAAGAAUGGCUUACCAUGGUUAGUAUGAAGGUGGUAGACUUGAAUAGACUAGUCCUUGACUAUCUAGUGCAUGAGGGACUAGGGGAUGUGGCAACCGAAUUUGCAAAGGAUGUUGGGAUACCCUUCACUGUGUCUUCGUUUCUAAACCAUAGAACCAGGAUAAGAAAUGCAAUUGAGGAAGGAAACAUUGAUAUGGCAAUAUCGAGGAUCAAUGAUCUGAACUCGGAGAUAAUAGAUAGCAAUAUCGAGCUGUACUAUUUUAUCAUGGAACAGAAAGCUUGUGAGCAGGCACAGGCAAUAAGAAAUGAUAGCGAAAGCAUAGGGGAGCAAAAGGUAUUUGUUCUCCUUGAAGAGGUCCUUGAGUUUGUGCGCUCCGAGCUCUCAUCGAUUGUUGAGGAGAACCCAUCACUGGGAUUGCAUUUCGAGGACUUCCUUGAAUUUGUGGUGUUUAACUCGAGGAAGGAAGCAGUGGUUGAGAGGAGAAGAAGAUUAGCAGGAUAUGUCAAUAGAUGCAUAUUGGAAAAGUAUGAAGUGACAGAAAAUGAACUAAAGAGAGUGCUCAGUGGAAUAGUUGAGGGGGAAAAGCUGCUGACGGAGAAGUACAAAUUCCCUACAUUCAACGAGUCGUUUGUAUGA